GUAGGUACAAAUUCAUGGAAACCCAUCGAUCCACCUCUAUCAUUUUAAUUUAAAGCGAAUUAGACCUUUGGAUAAUAAAACGUGUGUAGUGCGGAAAGAACAACAGGAAGAGGCGCAUAUAGUGCAGCAAUUAAGGGAGUAGUCGCAUCGUCAAACACAUCUCACCACCAUGGCCAGCGAGCAAAUAAUUGAGGAAGCGGCCGAAGCCGUCGCCGGCGGAAACGAGCCCUUCCUGGGUCUCCUUGACAUAGCCCUGUUGGCGGUGCUGAUCGGCGGAGCUGCCUUCUACUUUUUGAGAAGCCGCAAGAAGGAGGAGGAGCCCGUUCGCAGUUAUUCUAUCCAGCCCACAACAGUUAGUACCACCACUGCCACGGAUAACUCCUUCAUAAAGAAACUCAAAGCCUCCGGACGUAGUCUGGUCGUGUUCUAUGGCUCCCAGACCGGAACUGGUGAGGAGUUCGCUGGUCGCCUCGCCAAAGAGGGUAUUCGGUACCGUCUCAAGGGCAUGGUUGCCGAUCCCGAGGAGUGCGACAUGGAGGAGCUGCUGCAACUGAAGGACAUCGACAACUCAUUGGCCGUAUUCUGCCUGGCGACAUAUGGUGAGGGAGAUCCCACCGACAACGCCAUGGAGUUCUACGAAUGGAUAACCAACGGCGACGUCGACUUGACUGGACUUAAUUAUGCGGUCUUUGGACUCGGUAACAAAACCUACGAGCACUACAACAAGGUAGCCAUCUACGUCGAUAAGCGCCUGGAGGAAUUGGGAGCCAACCGUGUCUUCGAGCUGGGACUCGGCGAUGAUGAUGCCAACAUUGAGGAUGACUUCAUCACCUGGAAGGAUCGUUUCUGGCCUGCCGUCUGUGACCACUUCGGCAUUGAGGGUGGCGGCGAGGAGGUGCUCAUUCGUCAGUAUCGUCUGCUGGAGCAGCCGGACGUGCAGCCCGAUCGCAUCUACACUGGCGAGAUCGCCCGCCUCCACUCGGUCCAGAACCAACGGCCGCCGUUCGAUGCCAAGAACCCCUUCUUGGCGCCCAUCAAGGUCAAUCGCGAGCUGCACAAGGGAGGUGGCCGCUCUUGUAUGCACAUCGAGCUGAGCAUCGAAGGCUCCAAGAUGCGCUACGACGCUGGCGACCACGUGGCAAUGUAUCCCAUCAACGACAAGGGUCUGGUUGAGAAGCUUGGCCAGCUGUGCAAUGCUGAUCUGGACACUAUUUUCUCGCUGAUCAAUACGGACACGGACAGCAGCAAGAAGCAUCCAUUCCCUUGUCCAACCACUUACCGUACCGCUUUGACUCACUACUUGGAAAUUACCGCCAUUCCUCGCACUCACAUUCUCAAGGAGUUGGCGGAGUACUGCACAGACGAGAAGGAGAAGGAAUUGCUGCGCAGCAUGGCUUCCAUUAGUCCAGAAGGUAAGGAAAAGUACCAGAGCUGGAUCCAGGAUGCCUGCCGCAACAUUGUCCAUAUUCUAGAGGACAUCAAGUCAUGCCGUCCUCCCAUCGACCAUGUUUGCGAGCUGCUGCCCCGUUUGCAGCCACGUUAUUAUUCGAUCUCGUCGUCGGGUAAACUGCAUCCCACAGACGUCCAUGUGACUGCCGUGCUGGUGGAGUACAAAACACCCACGGGUCGCGUUAACAAGGGCGUGGCCACCACCUACCUGAAGAACAAGCAGCCCAAGGAUGGCGAGGAGGUUAAGGUGCCUGUUUUCAUCCGCAAGUCUCAGUUCCGCUUGCCCACGAAACCCGAGACCCCGAUCAUUAUGGUUGGUCCGGGUACUGGUCUGGCGCCUUUCCGCGGCUUCAUCCAAGAGCGGCAGCACCUGCGGGAUGAGGGAAAAACUGUGGGAGAGUCGAUUCUCUACUUCGGCUGCCGCAAGCGCAGCGAGGACUACAUCUACGAGUCCGAGCUGGAGGAGUGGGUCAAGAAGGGAACUCUCAACCUGAAGGCCGCAUUCUCCCGCGACCAGGCGUCGAAGGUUUAUGUGCAGCAUCUGUUGGAGCAGGACGCCGAUCUGAUAUGGAACGUGAUUGGAGAAAACAAGGGACACUUUUAUAUUUGCGGGGACGCCAAAAACAUGGCUGUGGAUGUUAGGAACAUUUUAGUGAAAAUUCUCUCCACCAAAGGUAACAUGAGUGAGGCCGAUGCCGUGCAGUAUAUCAAAAAGAUGGAGGCUCAGAAGCGCUAUUCCGCCGAUGUUUGGAGCUAAUCUGGCCAAUUUCCAAAAGCUGAUAGCGGAAAGCACAAAGCACAGAAUCAAUCAUUGAACCAUAGGCCAACCAAUAAGCAUAAAGUUGUCUAGUUCAUUAAGUAUAUAAGAAUAAUUUUUGGUUUGGGAACUACUUGCUGCGGUUCAACAAACAGUGAAUGAGUAAAAAUUUAUGUAUAGGUCUAGUUUAAUUGAUUGCCCAGUUUUACCCGGACUGUUCAUUGUGGGCAAGACAUUAUAUUGUAUGUGUGCAGAUUAAUUUAAAGUAAUUUUUUACAAGCAUUUUCUUUUGACUCCCUUGGUGAUUUCAAUACAAAUACGAAACAUGUGCAAUUUUAACAAUGACUCUAAAAUUCACGUAACAAAAUAUAUUAUAGAUUUGA